CGAAGUUGGCGGCGGCGGGCUGCUGCUGCUGUGGGGCCUCUGUGCCCGUUGCUGGGGAGCCCAGCGAGGGCGCGCGGGGAGCUGCGGUCAAGGACGAGCUUCGGGGCGGAGGAACGGGGAGCUCCGCGCCCCGCGUGCCUCAGCCCGGCUCGCUGCCCGUCCGGGCCCCCUCGCAAGCGGCGCUCGCCUCCUGGCAGCUCCCAGAUUUCGCCGCAGAUCGCCUUUCCGGCUUGGUGGGCAGCCAGUUGGGGGCCAGCGGGCCAGUUGCCCGGGUAACACGGGAGUCUGUCCCGGGCUGCGGGCCCAGCACUUGGGCCUGAGCGGCGCCGGCUGGAGGCCAAGGCCAUCCGGGAGCGCGGGGACGGGGCCGACCACCUGUGUGCACCGCCCGUGGAGGAGGCACCAUCCGCCCACACUUGUCCCGGCCGUUGUAGUCGCUGGGAAGGCGGAGCAGUCCCGCGCCCCCCGAAGCGUUUCCGCCAUGAAGCCCAACUUCUCCCUGCGACUAAGGGUCUUUAACCUCAACUGCUGGGGCAUUCCCUACCUGAGCAAGCACCUGGCCGACCGCAUGAAGCGCCUGGGAGACUUUCUGAACAUGGAGAGCUUUGACCUUGCUCUACUGGAGGAGGUGUGGAGUGAGCAGGACUUCCAGUACCUGAGACAGAAGCUGCUGCCCACCUACCCAGCAGCGCACUACUUCAGGAGCGGCUUCAUUGGCAGUGGCCUCUGUGUCUUCUCCAAACACCCAAUCCAGGAACUCACCCAGCAUGUCUACACCCUCAAUGGCUACCCCUACAUGGUCCAUCAUGGUGACUGGUUCUGUGGGAAGGCUGUGGGGCUGCUGGUGCUCCAUCUAAGUGGACUGGUGCUCAACGUCUACGUGACCCAUCUCCAUGCCGAGUACAAUCGACAGAAGGACAUCUACCUAGCACAUCGUGUGGCCCAAGCCUGGGAACUGGCCCAUUUCAUCCACCAUACAUCCAAGAAGGCCGAUGUGGUUCUAUUGUGUGGGGACCUCAACUUGCACCCGAAGGACCUGGGCUGCCGCCUGCUGAAGGAGUGGACAGGGCUGCUUGAUGCCUACCUUGAGACCCAGGACUUUAAGGGCUCUGAAGAAGGCUGUACAAUGGUACCCAAGAACUGCUAUGUCAACCAGCAGGAGCUGGAGCCAUUUCCCUGUGGCAUCCGCAUUGACUACGUGCUUUAUAAGGCAGUUUCUGGGUUCUACAUCUCCUGUAAGACUCUCAAAACUACUACAGGCCACGAACCUCACAGUGGCGCCCCCCUCUCUGAUCAUGAGGCCCUGAUGGCUACUCUGUGUGUGAGACACAGCCCACCCCCGCACAACUCCAGCCCUACCCAUGGACCAGCAGAGAGGUUACCAUUGGUCAGCGUGCUAAGGGAGGCCUGGACAGAGCUGGACCUGGGUGUGGCUCAAGCUCGUUGGUGGACCACCUUCGCUGGCUACGCGAUUGGUGUAGGGCUGCUUCUCCUGGCAGCGCUGUGUGCUCUGGUGGCUGGAGGAGGGGUCAGGGAAGUUGCCAUACUGCUCUGGACCCCCAGUGUAGGAUUGGUGCUGGGGGCGGGUGUAGUCUACCUCUUCCACAUGCAGGAGGCCAAGGGCUUAUGUAGGGCCCAAGCCGAGAUCCAGCAUGUGCUGGGAAGGGUAAGGGAGGCCCAGAACUUGGGCCCAGAGUCUCAGCCAGCCCUGUUCCUGGAGCAGCAGGAGAGGGACAGGAGUGAGGACCAAUAAAGCUUGACACUUUUGUG